CACAGCUCGACCUAUUUGAAAACAUCUAAUCCAUGGUUUCUUUACAUCUGUUUUUUGAAUUGCCAUUUGGUGAACUAAUAUCUUAAAAUAUGUAUAAACAAUUUAUUUAUAAGUUAGUUGGGUGUAUGGCUUCUAUAUACACGUCAUGAAAUAACGCGUAAAUCAUUUACGCGGUGUUACUAAGCAAAUUGAAAUUAUAUAUAAACAUGUAAAAUUGACAUUUUUUUAAAUCUUACAAUGAAUAAAUUUUUUCUUAAACUAAAACUUCAAAAGCAUAAGAAUCGAGCUGAAUAACUUGUUUUAAAACAAUAAUUUGCUGAUGUUAGAAGAAUAAUGAUGAGAAUUUUUUCUUGGUAGGAAACAUCGUCGUGAAAUGGAAAAAUGGUUUGUGCAACCGCGUGUAUGUCUAACAGGAGAAUAAAAAUUAAUGUACGCGGUACAUGCUAUGAAACCUACGAAACCACGCUAUGCAACUAUCCUGAUACAUUGUUGGGAGAUCGAGACAAGCGAGAAAAAUUUUUCGACUGGAAACGAAACGAAUACUAUUUUGACUGCAAAUCCGAAAUAUUUGACGCAAUUUUGUUUUUUUAUCAAUCACAUGGUAUUCUUGCUAAACCAAGUUUUUGUAACCACAGAGAGUACCAAAGACAGUUGCAAUUUUUUGGCUUAGCAAGGAAAAAACCUUUGCCGCCAGAACCGAAGACGUUUCGAGAAAAGCUGUGGACAUUCUUACAAGAUCCCCACCAAUCAAGUUUAGCUUUAAUCGCUGCAUACCUUUCUUUUAUGGUCAUUGUUGCAUCCGUCAUCACGUUUUGCGCUGAAACAGAGAGUGAAGGAAUUCGCUCACUGUUGUUUCGUUCCCGUACAAUUUGGUUUCACUUAGAAUGUUUCUUUAUUGGUUAUUUCACAUUAGAAUAUUUGAUUCGUUUAUUCACUUCACCCGAUCGUUUAGCUUUUGUCAAAAGCUUCUAUGGAGUUGUGGAUUUAAUUGCAAUUGUACCGUUUUUUUUCUCUCUUCUCUUCAUAGUCUUAGCGGAAGAUUUUAUCUUGCACUCCAUUGGAAUGGUGCGCGUUGUGAGACUGAUUCAAAUCAUGCGCAUUAUGAAACUCUCCAGAUACAGCACAGGCUUACGUGUACUCGGUAAAAGUCUAUUUUACUGCAAGGAACAGAUGUUCUCACUUGGUGCUUUUUUUGCCAUAAAUGUCAUCUUCGUGUCAAGCAUAAUCUAUCUUUUUGAGCAUGAUACUAACGAUGACUUUAACAGCAUUCCGCAAAGCAUAUGGUUUAUUAUCAUCUCUAUGACAACAGUCGGGUAUGGUGACGUCGUACCGAAAACCAUUGGUGGUAAAUUGACGGCAGUGUUAUCAAUAUUUAUUGGUGCUGUUGUGUUGUUUCAUUUAUUUCUUCCAACGUAUCUUAUGUACUUUUCGAUUUUCUAUACAAAAGCGCAACAACAUAGAUUGGACAGGAAAAAGCGAGAAGCGGAACGAAAAUCAAAACGAAAACGAGAAAUCGCCAUACGAGAGGAACGAGAGCAGCAGCGAAAAUUAAAUUUAAUCAAUAAAAACACGUGUGAUAUAAAAAGUGUUUCAGUACUGGAAGACAAGUUAAACGAAGACAGUGACAUUGAAAUAACAGUGGCCUCACGCACCCGAGGAUUAACAGUUGAUAUGAAAAGUGAUCUUCUGUCUUCAUCAACCAGUUUUCAUAGUUUAAAUUUAUGAAAGUAUUAGAAGCUUACAACGUUCACAAGGGCGCUUGUUACAUUCUUGACCCCAGAGUCCUUUGAGAUAAACUUGAAAGUUCAAUCUCAAAACCUCUAGGAAGGAGAAUGCGCUUUGUAGUCUUAAGUGAUGAUCGAGACUAUGUUGCACACAAAUAUGAUUAUCCACAGAGAUGAUUCUCUGGUAUAUAUACGAAACUAAAAUAGAUUAUAUGAAACUUUGAUUCACAACUCAAUACAUAAAUUUGUGAAAACAGCCAAUGCAAAUAAAUGUUCACAAUUUCAAUUUAGAUGUAUCUUCUGUAGAAACCGUGUAUGUAGCUUUUUAUGGGGACGUUUUUUAAAAUUUGGCUUUCUUUUUUACUAAAAAACGAGUUGUGGCUGCUUGCGCCCUACUAAUGCAAUGUGAAGAAUACACUGCAGUGAAUAAAUUAAAAAGGAAUAUACUAUUUGACCUUAAAAACGCAAUUUGUGCAACAAAAAAUACUCGGCUUAGCAUUUUACUCGAAUGAACGUCUCUGCGCGAAUUAUUACGCGUUCAUUAUUUUUUUCUACAUUAAAGUGUUUAAAAGACAACUUGAAGUACUUCACAUUUCGAUGUUAAAGUUCUCAUCAAAAUUAUUUCAUAUCUUUUUAACACGUCAAAUUUGAUCUCCCUCGAAGAAGCGCCCAUCGUCAAAUUUGUCAAAUUAAACGCUUUCAAAGCGCUCAUUCGAGUAAAUAAGCCAACAUACAACUUCUACAAGAGAUAUAUUUUGAAUAAGUACAUAUAUUUAUAUAUAGCCAUUAUCUCUCUUAAAAACGAAGUUGCAACAAAGAUUCCAUGAUUUGGUUAUACUUCCUCGUGA